CCAUGGGCCGCCAGUUACCUCUGUUAAACGAUUGCGAGAGGACGGUUCCUUGGAGGAGAGAGAGAUAGACCGAGAGAGAGAGAGACGAUCCGCUAAAGUGUGUGCAGAGAAGAAGAGGUGGCGGCGGCUGUUGUUGUUGUUCAGUCAAGACCAGACCUCUUUCUACAAUACAUAGACGCUCUGUUGUUUUGCACUUUUACUGGGAUUCCUUUAUGUACUAAGAAGCAUCCUGCAAGAUAUAUAAAUAUUAAUCAUCAUUAUUUUUUUAAAACGUGAAUAGUGUAAGAAGUGAAUGACUUACAGUGAACGACGAGAUAUAUAUACAAAAUAGAGUGAGAUUGUUUAUGAAAUAGUUUUAUAUAAUAAAAAGGUGUUUUAUGGAAAGAUCGCAACAGUUUAUCGGUGAAAGUUGAGUUCAUUUUUUGGUGGUGGAGAAAAUUUUCAAACGAGUAAUUAUACUGACCCAAAAUAUAACAUUUGGCAUUCAAGUGCUUUCUUGAUUACAUUUAAGUGAUUUUAUAAGUAUAUUAAAAGUAAUAAGUUAGAAAGAAAAAUCGUUGAGUCGGAAAAGAGUAAUUUGCAUCGUUCCAAGGACUGUUACUGGGUAUAAUCUGGCUGAAAAAUAUUUUAAAAAGUUUAGGUCGGCCAAGUGAAGUAAUGGAAAUGAAUUUCUAACAUAACUUUUUGUUUCUGAAAGAAAGUUAUUUAGUUGUGAAAAGGAAAGGAAUACAUUUAAUAGCUUUACUGACAGGAUAUCAAGAGUGGCAACGUGUGUGUUUGUGUUGUGUCCCAAAAGAUAUUUGACAAUCCCUCUUUUGACUGGAUUUACCACUUUCCGGAUAAUGCUUACGACGAUACAAGUGGUCCCCAUCAGCCUUCUUCCUCAAGUGGAGUACUAGUGGCAGUGUUGUUCAGAAGGAGAAGAACAACAACAAUAACGUCUUCGAUAAAUCUGGAUUACUCGAAGAACAACAGCGUGGAUUUACCUCUGAAUCCCUUGAACAAAGAUAACCUAGCCAUUAGUCUGUGGAUUAUCGGAUACAUAUAACGUCGAGAGAUCUGAUGUUCGCCCAAAGAACGGGGAUUACUUUGUAGGUGAUUUAUCAGAAAAUUUUGAAAACGAUUUAAAAAGGGUUCUAGGCCUAUAUUACUCUUUGGUGGAAACAUCUGGAAUGUGACAUUCCAGGCACCUGGAAUCCAAUUGGAGUUACAGUGCUUUGUUUUGGAUAUAACCCAGCAACAUAUUUUGGUGCAAAGUUUGACAUAAAAGUGAAAAGGAAAUAAAUUGAAUAUUGUGGUGGGUUUAUUGUGAUGCUAAAACCACUCUUACCUAUCAAGUGACUGGUGACAUAGGCCUAGGUAUUUAUUGAACGACCUUAGGUCAUCAGUCCUCACUGGCGCUAAAUUUUGACGUGCUCUGGACAUACAAUCCCCCAUCCCCCUUCUGUAGCCACCACAACAACACCCCCCUUCCCCUCCUUUUUUUUAACCACCAGAAAGCACGUUGUUGGGUCAACUCGAGGUUGACCUUAUUUGACCUCGUGACCAAGCGUGACCUCACCCUCCUGAUGGUGAAGCACGCGGGUCGCGGACAGUGCCUGGCCCCGGCAGGCCAUGGACAUGUUUAGCCUUCAGCUGGAAAGCGAGUGGGUGGGAGGCCGAGGUGUUGCCGGAGGUUCUGUAUCCGUGGUGACGACUGUUUGGGGGGUGACGUCAUCGACUAGCCAGAGCACGCCCACGCCCACCUCACAGAGCACAGCGCCCUGUAACCUAAACAUGCCCGCCCAACCUUUCAAUCCUCACAGCAAACCCUUCAACAGCAUGGUCAACUACCCCGCCAAGACCAAUGGAUGGUGGGCGUCCCAGAGCGACUCUAGCCAAUAUAAUGGCGAUCAGAAACCUUUCGACGAUCACUGUGUUGACGGCGGUUUCACAAACAGCCCGGGACCGACGAUGGGCGGCGGGAACACCAUGGGCGGUCCGGGCGGCAUGGGCGCCCCGGGGAACAUGGGCGGCAACGUCGGGGGCGCCGAAAACGCCCUCAACGCGGCGGCUAUGGUCGCAGCAGCUACGGCUACCGCUACGGCCACCGCCGUUGCCCUCCGGCCGGAGAGACCGGAUAUGCAGGGACAGUACAACGGACAGAUGGGCGGCAUGGGAAGUGGGUUCUCUGGUCCCGGCCCUGGGUUCACCAUGCAGAGACCGUCCACGCCCAACAUGACCAACCCCAUGAACGGCAUGAACAACAUGAUGAACAAUAUGAUCAACAACAUGGGUGGGACGAUGAUGAACAACAUGCCCAUGAACAGCAUGCAGAACAUGGGUCCUGGAAUGAAUAAGUGUAUGAGUAUGCAGCCAAGUAUGGGAAUGAUGUACCAGAGAGGUAUGGGUCCUGGCAGUGGGCCGGGCGGAGGUCGAACUGGGCCCUACCCUAACCCUGCCAUGUUCAUGGCCCAGAAGAGAGCAGCACAAGGACAGUUCACUCAGCCGCCCAUGGGCCAAAUGGGGCAGAUGAACCCACAGGGCAUGGGCAUGGGCAUCAGAGCUGGCACCGGAUACCCAGUGCAGCAGCCGCUACCCUCCCAGUUCCCCCCAGGUCAGGGUAUGAGGCCCGCCAUGCGUCCCGGUGGCUGCGGACCAGGUGGACCUCCUUUCAACCAGGGCCAGUUCUACAACCAACAGUACAAUAAUUUUAGUAACCAGUACAACGAGAUGGGCCCCAUGGGUCCCAUGAAUGGGAUGAGCAGUAUGAAUGGGAUGAACAAUAUGAAUGGCAUGAACAGCAUGGGUGGCAGCAUGGCGAGUGGGAUGAACGCCAUGGGACCUCAGAUGGGAGGCAUGACCAUGACCACCAUGAGUUCCACCGGCAUGACACCAGGUGCAAGUAGUGCUAUGAACACCCCCAUGAACAGUGGUAUGAACAGUAUGAACACUGGUAUGACCUCUAUGAACAGUGCUGCAAUGAACACAAUGAACAGUGCUGGAAUGAACGCAAUGAACAGUGGCAUGAACAGUUCGAUGACAAGUGCUAUGACCAUGACCAGCCAGAUGAACAGCAACACGGGGAGCAACAUGAACUCUGGAAUGGCUAACAUGAACACAGGGAUGGGUGCUAUGAACGCAGCAGCAGCAGCUGGGAUGAACACCAUGGCCAGCAGGAGCAUGAGUGGUUCAUCAGCAAACGUAGCCAAUGUCGGCAAUGUCGGCAGCAGUUACCAACACUCCCCUAUUCCUGGAAACCCAACUCCUCCCCUAACCCCAUAUAUGAGUCCACCAUAUGCUAAUCAAGCAGACGUCAAACCCGACUUGUCCGAGUUAAAACCACAAAUAGCUCACAAUCCUGCAGAAGAUGACGAAUUGCGGCUGACGUUCCCUGUCCGUGAUGGGAUAGUUCUUCAGCCCUUCAGAUUGGAGCAUAAUUUAGCCGUUUCCAAUCAUGUCUUCCACCUCAAACCCACUGUAUAUCAAACGUUAAUGUUCAGAUCAGACUUAGAGCUACAAUUGAAGUGUUUCCAUCACGAGGACAGACAGAUGAACACCAACUGGCCAGCAAGUGUUCAGGUUUCUGUCAAUGCAACGCCUCUAAAUAUUGAUCGAGGAGAACAGAAGACUUCGCACAAACCUUUGUACAUUAAGGGAGUCUGUCAACCAGGAAGAAACACCAUCCAAAUCACUGUUACUGCCUGUUGCUGUUCUCAUCUCUUCGUACUGCAGUUGGUACAUAGACCAAGUGUCAGGUCGGUGCUACAAGGUCUGCUACGCAAGAGAAUGUUACCUGCUGAACACUGUGUUACCAAAAUCAAGCGUAACUUUAACUCGGUUGCUGCUACGAAUGGUGCAAUAAAUAGUUCGGAAGGUGAUGGUGUAGAACAGACUGCCAUCAAAAUAUCCCUAAAAUGUCCCAUUACUUUCAAACGGAUAACGUUGCCAGCCAGAGGGCAUGACUGUAAACAUAUACAAUGCUUCGAUCUGGAAUCUUAUCUUCAAAUGAAUUGUGAAAGAGGGGCAUGGCGAUGUCCAGUAUGCAACAAAACGGCAUAUCUGGAAGGGUUAGAGGUUGACCAGUACAUUUGGGGCAUAAUAACCACCUUGGCAAGUUCUCCCGUUGAAGAAGUCACCAUGGAUUCAUCAGCAUCUUGGAGGGUAACCAGUUCAUCAGGGAUGCCCGGUACCCCCGGCGUCAAAGAUGAAGAGACAGAUGCAUGCAUGAAGAGAUGGAACAAAGCCAUGUCUCCUGGAAGUAUGACUUUGCCAACGAUGAGUAAUAUCGAUAUGGGACAGUCCAUGAGCCCAUACGUUCCUCCAGACAUGAACAGCAUCAACAAUGGGUCAAUGAUGAACAUGAUGGGUAUGGGCAACAAUGGGAAUGGACCGGGUAUGUCACGAUCUACCUCCCAGUUUGACCUCAGCUCAGAUUUCACGAGCGGGGGAGGGCCGCUCUCACAGCUUAGCGAAUCCGUCAACAAGAUGGAUCCCUUAGGUGCAAUGGAAAAAUCUGUGAAGGACCAGAUGGUACCUCAUAUGGGACCACCACAAACCUCCUCCACCACUACCUCCACCUCCACCUUAGCUGCGCAAUCCGCAGCAGCCUCCUCCAUCACCACCACCACCACUUCUUCAUCAUCAUCACAAUCAUUGUGCUCCACCACCACUGCCACAGCCACCACUUCAUCCACCACACCUGCAUCAUCCACAGCACAGCAGCCGAGUUCAAGCAGUGGGACUGGGCUGCCUCACACUCCUCAUACGCCACACACUCCGCAUACACCACAUACUCCUGGGGGAGCCGGGGGCCCUCCGAGUGUCCCAUCGACAAGUACUUGCAGUAAUCCUUGCAACAACAGCAGCAGCAACAACAGUAACACCAACACUACAAACAGUACUAGCACCACUGAAACUCAGCACAAUACAUGCAAUGAAAUUAGUGACCUUCCUACUUUAAGUUUCGAUCCUUUGGAUGCGGAUGGAAGUGGUCAGGAUGGACUGGAUGUAAGCGUGUUUAAUAGUGGUGUAGACCCCAUGGAUCCACUGGAAUUGCUGUCCUAUCUCGAACAACCCGAUUACAACACUCCGCCCUCUUCUGGUGCAUCCUCUCAAGGUCAGGGGGCUGGUAACACUCCUGCGGGUGCUGGACUUUCCUCAGCUCAUGAUGCUGAUGAUAUACUCGCACUCUUUGAGUGAAGGAGUCUCGCGUAACUAGCGAAAGAGACAAAAAAAAAAUUCAGGUGCUGGAUAGACUUAUAUCUGUUUGUGAUCUUGGAUUAGAUGAAAAAUACAAAUCUCAUAUUUAAUAUACAAAAUGAAAAACUAAAAAAAGUGUAAGGAAGAACUGUGAUAUUAUGUGGAUUUAAGAGAAAAACUUAUGCAAUUGCAGAUGCAUCAUAGUGGAAUGUAUUUCACAGUCUUCAAGAGAGAAAUUAUUAUGGGUGUUAGUGGUGAGACCCUCCGUGAUACAUGUUUUAAUCUGAUGUGGGAGCACAGUUACUGCACAUCCUGUCAAAGGAAACAUUAUUGCUGCUGCAAGAUGCAGGAAGACCACAGUGAUACGUAGAGUUAAUUUUAAUUUCUUAGUCGGACAAUAGUGAGAACAAUCUGAUUUGUAGUAUACUUACAAAAAAAAAAGGAUGGUGCAAAUCAUGGUUAUUUACAACCAGUGAACCAAGGUUAUCCUCUUCUGUGGUGUUUUAUACUUGUGAACACACUCGGGUAAAUCCUCACAUCGGGGUUAUUUUGGUAAAGGAGAGAGAGAUGUAUUCCACUGUAGAGACCGUUCGUUCGUGUUUAGCUCCGAUGAACUUUCUGAAGAUAUUAUCCCAGUGAGUAGUUAGGUUGACAAGUUUUGUAGAAUUAUUGUGGCUAUGCAAAGAUGUCCACAGUAGUGUUGUUUCAAAAUCAAUCAUGACAUCAAAAUGACAAGGGUGCAAUCUGCAUAAUAUUGUCUUCAUUAGGAAUUUGCAAUUUUAGUCCCAUGUUGUUUGUUGCAAGUUCUAGGCCCAAACGAACAACGUGAAGAGAAGCAUGUAUCUCCGUAGGUCCCCAGUCGCAUGUAAAUAACUCUCUGAAGAUCGACACGAGAGUCUGAGAAUCCAUCUGAGUGAAUGCCCCAGCAUUAAUGUGAAGUUAUUUUUCAGUUAAUGACUUUGUCCUGAAAGAAGGGGAGAGUGAGUGAGUGAGCGAGCAUUUUUGUGUAAAUGCGAAUACGAAUCCCAAGAAAUUUCUCUUGAGUGUUGUUGUGAGAUGCAGUGUGAUAUUUCUGGCUGCACAGGUUUAUGGGUGGUUUACUGUCUAGACGAAUUAUUAUUGCAUUUAUUUAUAGGGUACUCCUGUGUGCCUGUCAGCCUAAUUUGUGUAAAUAGCUGUGUACAGAAAAAAUGUCGUUUUAUUUAUCUCACCUGGUCUCGCCCUUAGAGUCCUACGCAUUGUCUAAGCUUUAAUCCCUAGCUCUGUCUUCACCAACAGGACCUUUAGGAUACAGUACACCACCGCAAUGAUCGACUCCAUCCCACUGCCUAGGCAACAACAAACAAAGCUUGGGUUUGCUUUGGGACACUUUAGAGUCACAACCUCAUCCUGGCUAUUAUAUGAACUCUGACUUCAGAGGAAUUCUCUCAUAUGUUUAUACAUUAUCAUAAUAUUUUUUUUUUCGUUUUUUAUAAUUAUAAUAUUUACAUCUUAACCAUGCGAGUGCUUCUUAAAUCCUCAUUCAACUGUGUUCCUAUCUAUGGUUAAGCAUAUUUUUGUUGCAAUGCAUCACACAUUAGUACUAUUUUUUUCCUCUGAAAUCAAAGUUACAAAAGGCUUCAUACAUACUCUGUUGACCGUCAAAGUGUACUGAAGCGGAAAUGAAAUGUGUCAUUUUUAUGAAGAGAUAGAUUUAAUAUGCACUUAUAAACUGAAUCACUGAAAGUGUUUUUAUGUAAUGUGUACAAAGAAAAGUGGUUUAAUAUGUGAUCUCAAGAUUUGUCAUUUUUAAAAACGAAGUUAUUUAGAGAAAUUCAUACGGUGAAUUUUUAAAAGCUGUUAGCGACUGUCAAAGAGUCUGUGUAAGCCAUCACUUCUCAUGUAAACUGUACCAGAAAACUUAAAAGAUAGUUUCUAACUCAGAAA